CCGGCUACGCCCCCUGCUCCUCCCAGAGGCGGGACUUCCCCUGGUCCCCGGAAGGAGGAGGAGCGUGGCUAGUCUGGAGAGGGUACCUGGGGCGGAGGCAAAGGCGGAGGCAGAGGCGGAGGAGCUUUGAAAGAAGCUUAAGUGAAAAUGGUACAUGUUAGAAGACACGAAACAAGGAAAAAUUCUAAAACUCAAGAGCAUGAGCAGAAAUCUCGAGUUGAUUGGAGGCGGACUAAAAGAAGUAGUAUUUCACAGUUAUUUGAUAGUGAUGAAGACCUUAAUAGUGAUGAAGAACUUGACAGUGAUGAAGAGCUUGAUAGCGAUGAAGAACUUGAUAGUAACAAGGGGUUCGAUAGUAAUAAAAACCCCGAAAAUGAAAGAAAACUUAGAUUAAUUGAAGUUGAAAGUGAAGGUAGUAGUAACUGUGAGCUUCUCAUGAACACUGGCAACCGUUCAACAUAUGAAGAAGAAAAUAACAAAAACAAACCUAGAAGUUCUGACUCACCAGAUCAUGAAAAGCAUUCCAGUCAAGAGGAUGACGAUCUCAACAAACACACUGGACAGAUAAUAGAGGAGGAUUUAGAAGAAGAACACAUCAAGCGAGGGAAGAGAAAAAGGAUCUCCUCUGUUAUGUACGACAGCGAUGAGAGUGACAGCAGUGAUAUCCUAGUUCGAAAAAUAGGUGUUAAACGUCCACGUAGAGUGGUUGAAGAUGAAUGUUCUUCAGUAGAGAUGGAGCCAAAAACAUCUGAAAAAACUUUAGCUGCAAGAAAGCGAGAACAAUUCCAGAAACUCAAAGAACUCUCAAAACAAAGAUCUCGUCAGAGACGCAAUAGUAGUAGAGAUUUUGAGGACUCUGAAAAGGAAUCCUGCCCAAGCAGUGAUGAAAGUGAUGAGGAGGAGGAAGAAGAUGAUUAUGAAUAUGAUGAAGAUGGAGAUGAUUAUAUUAUUGAUGACUUUGUAGUUCAAGAUGAGGAGGGUGAUGAAGAGAAUAAAAGCCAGCGAGGAGAAAAAUUGACUACAUCACAACUGAAAUUAGUAAAACAGAAUUCUCUUUAUUCUUUUAGUGACCACUAUACUCACUUUGAAAGAGUUGUGAAGGCUCUUCUGAUCAAUGCUUUAGAUGAAUCUUUUCUGGGAACAUUGUAUGAUGGCACCAGACAAAAAUCAUAUGCACAAGAUAUGUUGACAUCUCUUCAUUAUUUGGAUAACCGCUUUGUUCAGCCUCGUCUAGAGAGUUUAGCUUCUAGAAGUCGUUGGAAAGAGCUAUAUAAGGAGCGGGUAGAAAAUUAUUCUAACGUAAGUAUCCAUUUGAAGAAUCCUGAAAAUUGUUGCUGUCAGGCUUGUGGAUUGCAUCGCCACUGCAGAUACUCGGUGCAUUUAUCAGGAAAGUUAUAUAACACCAGGACUAUGGAAACAGACGAUUUCAUGUCACAUGAUAAACAGGUGUUUACUGUUGGCAGAAUUUGUGCUGAUCGUACCAGAAUUUAUCACAAACUGAAACAUUUUAAGUUCAAGCUGUACCAGGAAUGCUGCUCCAUUGCAAAGACAGAAGAAGUUGAGGAUGAACAGGUUAAAGAAACAGUGGAAAGAAUUUUCAAUCAGUCAAAAGAAAGUGGCUGGAUUAAGGAGAACAGUUCUUGUGACCCGAGAGUGAAGAAACACCUGGUGCCAAUCUGAGGAAAGGAUCUCGGCUGCCAGUUCUAAUACCACCCACAUCCUCUUCUUGAGGACAUGGGCUGAGCAGUGAGCACUGUAACUGAAGAUCAAGGGGAAUGCAGAGGUUUCAGGCCACGGCACUGAUUUUGAUUCCCCCAAAUCCUGCUGAUCACUAAGUUUGAUAUCAGGGAUAAAGUGGGGGUUUUGAAGAGUGCACUGGAUUCCUGAAGAUCUGCUGGCAGCUCAGAAGCUCUGGUCUGCUCACAGAGCUUUUAGAAUUGUUUAUGGUACUUGGAAAGAAUGCUAUUAUGAUUGCAGUCUUCUAAAACAAGUGUAGUUACGUGAACGUAUAAGAGAAAACAUAUAGCAGAUUUUCAGGCAACUCAGAUCAACAGUAUAUUUAAUCUUAAAAAAAAAAAAAAAAGCCUGCCUUGAGAUCUGUUGCCUGGGUUAUUUAUAUCAUAGGGGAAUUUGUAAAAGAGGAAAAUAAAAAAGAUGAGAGCUUAGUGAAUAAACUUAUGAGCAAAGGGAAAGAAAAAGAGAACAACAAACAGGAACUUGUUAGGACACGUCAUAUUCUGCAGAGGUGUCCCAGUCUGGAGAGUGACAUCAAGACUGGUUCCCCUUCUGAGGAUUAUCUUCCCAUCACAGCCACACCACCCAGUGGAUCUCUCUGCCUGCCCCCCACAUCUUGACCCUUCUGUAGUCUUUUCUCUCAUUUUACUCUCCUCAGCUUUUUAUCUUUUACUUUGCUUCAGCUUCUCUCCCAGUGCUUUCCUCCCUGUCCUCCUCUGUGCUUUUCAGUUUGCCUUAGGGAGAAGCCACCACUUAGCCAGUAAGUCCCAUCUUCAUUUUCCAUGAUGACCUGAAAUUCUUACGUGCUUUCACUGGUGCAUUUAAGUGUUGCCAACGCUCUCAUGGAGUUGAAAAACCUUUUGGGACACCACAUUUUUUAAAGAAUUGUGUGCCAGGUGUAGAAAAAUCACUAUGCAUGUAUUAUAUAUAUUAUAUAUAAUAAUAGUAUAUGUGGGGAAGAACAUUAAAUUUCUUGCAGAGAAUAAACCAAAAGCAUUUCCAGAUCAUGUACCUUAGAGAAAGCUUAACAAGGUUUCUAACAGAAGGGACCUGGAAUAAGAAAAAAAAAGUUCUUGGGAAGAGAAAACCCAAGUGUCCUCUCAUGCUUAAAGAAAAACACUUAGCAUUGGGCAUUUAAGGUAUUUCAAGAUCAUGCAUGUUUAGGACAACAUGCACAUUUUGUUUUUCACAUAAAAUACCACAGAGCUUCAUUUUCUUUCCGAGGUCCCUCCUUCUUUAAAAAUAUUUGUCCACACGUUUUCUCAAAAGAUUUCCUAGAAACUACAGUUUAGAGCCGAUAUAAACCCAUACGCAGCGUUUUGUGCUGUGAUUACCUUUCAGAGCUCCUCAAGCACUCUGGCGUUUCUCAGCACCACCCCACCUACCCCUGGGAGUGCGCGUGUCCCGCGCCGCCGCACUGCAUUGCUCAUGACACACGCCUUUCUCUUUGGCUGCGCUCCUAUGGCCCCAGCCACCCGCACCCUUUCCAAUGCCAGGGCUCAGCGCCACUUGAACGGCCGGAUCUGUGGCUCUUUUUGCUCUUUCCUCCCACUGAUUAUGUCAACCCCUUCUUUCACUUCACACAAACGAUUUGGUCUUGUCUUUCCUCCCAGCUCACAUUGCACACCUUGCUUUUUCCUUAUCUGCCCCUUCCUCCUCCACCUCAGGAUAUUUCUGCAUUUCUUCCCAAAGACCUGCCAACUAGACUGACUUCUUGUUCCUCCUCCUACCAGUUGAACUAAGAUGACCUGUUUUUAAUCUAGGAUGACAUUAAAGGGUAGGAGGAACCUGAGUGUGAAGAAAAUAAUGAAUGGGGAGCAUCUGGAUGGCUCAGUCAGUUAAGCAUCUGACUCUGGAUCUUAAGGCUCAGGUCUUGAUCUCAUGGUUUUGAGUUCAAGCCCCACAUCAGGCUCUGCACUGUGUGUGAAGAUUACUUAAAAAAAGGGAAAAAAAAAGAAAAAGAUGCAUGAUAAGAAAAUUAUAAUAAAACCAAAACAUAUAAUAAAUAUAAUAAAAGUAACUGUCUGAUUCUAAAUUACACUUGAAGAACAUUCUGUCAUAUGCCACUGGCAAAAUUCUAACAAAUGUUUCUCAUUAAGAAGAAAGUGCACGUGAUGAUGGGGUUUCCAGAGAAGUUGAAGAUAGGGUUGUUGGGAUAGGGUGGUGAAAACAGGAACAUCAGGAAAGGGGAGAAUGUAUUUCAAUAAUACUAUCAAGUCUCAGUUUUGUGGUAUGAAAAGUUUAAAUCUAUUACAUAAAGAUUAUUACAUAACAAAGAAUUUUAAAUAACGAUUUGAUAUCUCACCCCUUCCUGAAACUCUUCUUAUGUGGUCUCUUCUCUUUCCCCCUUUUAAACUUGUUUCCUGUUCUUUUUCUUUCUCUCCUUAAACUGAUGUUUCUCAAAUCAAGGCCCUAACUACCUAUGUCAGAAUCACCUAGAAGUUUGUAGAAAAUGUGUAGUUCCUGGCCUCCCUGCAGAACUACUGAAUGAGACUCCUUGAGGGUGUUAAACACCCAGUAUUUAACAAGUUAGGUGAUUCUUAAGCAAAUCAAAGAUUGAGGGCCGCUAGUUAAAGGUACUUGUUGCAGGGCACCUGGGUGGCUCAGUCAGUUGAGCAUCCAAAUUUGACUCAGGUCAUGAUCUCACGGUGGUAGUCUGUUAGUUCAAGCCCUGCAUGGGGCUCACUGCUGUCAGCAUGGAGCCAGCUUUGGAUCCUCUGUUCCCCUCCUCUCUGCCCAUCAGUCCCCCGCUCACUCUCUCUCUCUCUCUCUUACAAAUAAAUAAACCUUUAAAAAAAGAAAAAGUACGUGUUGUUCCACGUUCCAUUCUCAGCCCCUGUAAGUCCUCUGACUUGGCAAACCUAUUCCUUUCUUCAUGUCUAACUGGUGUUUCUGACCAGAAGAUCCCAACCUCCUCCUUUUAUGUUCUGACCUCUUUCUCACACUCCAUUCCCACAGUUCACAUGUUUUAAUCAGUAGGUCAAUCUGGCACCUCAAAGGGGUUAAUAUAAUAAGAUCCAAACUCUCAAAAUUUUUAGUGAAAAAGAAUGGUGGAACCAGAAUCUUUAGGUGGAGAGAACGUCCAGGCAAUACUGUCUUCUCUCUCUGAAUUUCACUUUUCCAUAGGAAGGCUUUCUUUUUUCUAACUAAAGCCGCACACACCCCCCCCAACCUUUAAAUCUCAGAAAUAGCAUACUAUAAUGAUUAAAAUCAUGGAUUUAAAUAUUUUCCAGCAGUAGAAUUUGGAGGCAAGUUACUUUAUUUCUCUAAGUUGCCUCUUCACUAAGAUAGGAAUUAAAACAACAAAGAGUUUUGAUCGUGGAUAUUAAAAGAUCAACACAUUUUAAGCAUUUAGUAUUGGACCUAACAAUUAGUAAGUGAUCAAUUAAUGUCAACUAUUAUUAGUAAUAAAAGCAAGAAGUUUUCCCUCCGUCAUGCAGUAUGGCUGGGAUUGCAAUUUUCCAAAAGAAAUUUAAUAAGGAGAAAAAAUAUAUGAAGAUAAUAUAAAAAGCAUAAAAACAAUCAAACUUUUAAUGUACAGGUUUCUAAUUCUAGAAUACUUUACUCCUAUCUAAUAGAACCUACCUGAAUACUAGGUCAAGAGAAUCCCUAAGUAGUCCAAAGGUUAUUUCCAACCUCCCCACCCCCCCACCCCAUUCUUUUCUUCAUUCUUUCCAGAGAAGGUGAUCCAGUCAGAGGUCUUGAGGGGGAAAAGGUUUCCU